AACAGAAAAUCAUUUCUUCUUGCUAUUUCUUUCUCUCAAAAUCUCUUGUCAAAAACAGAGUUCCCCUGUUUCUUCCUCUUGUGAAAAACAGAGUUCCCCUGUUUCGUUUCACGAUCUUUCCUUGCUAGCUUUGAACUAUACCCAAAAAUAUCUUCAUCCUUUAACUCCUGAAAACCCAAAACCUCUAUAUUUACUCCCACGGAGGAUCCUGCAGAGAGUCAUUGCUUCUAACUCUCAAAAUUGUCUUGUCAAAAACAGAGUUCCCCUGUUUCUUUUCACUGUCUUUCCUUGUCCUAGCUAGCUUGGAGUUAUACCCCAAAGAAUCUUCAACCUUGAACUCUUGAAAACCUGAAGUUGUUCUCUUUAUAUACAACCAGAAUCUGGGCUUUCUCUUGAUUCACUUAACCAGCAAAAAUCAUGGGGAUCUUUUCAAAAAACAAGUCCUUGCUCUGUUUUCGCCCUGUUGUUGACAUAGAUGCCAUGCUCGAUUCUGAAGUUGCAUCUCAUAGCUCUACUAGUUCCCAUUACUCAAACACACCCGUUUCAGAGAAGCAGGAGAUGAUGAAAAUUUCAGAGAAAAAUCAAGAUUUUUUCCAUCAAGGAUCAUGGAUCAUGCAAGACCGUCCAAAACGAACGAUUUGUAAGAUGAUCAAAGCCUUGGUGUCUCAAACUAUCUUGAAAAGAAGAGCAAGUCAUAAAAAUCGUUAUGGCCAUCAUGGUUCAUUUGGUUCAAAGCAGAGUUAUAAAGAAACCAAAUCACCUCAAUCUCCUUUGUCAACUUCAUCUUCACAUGGUUCAUCUUCAACUUCUUCAAGUCCACAAUGGAAGAAUUUUUCCAAUUCUACCAAGGAAAAACAGAACAAAGCUAGCCAUGGAGGCCCACUAGAGAAGCAAAAGAAGUUGCAGCUCUUUGGAAUAUGCUUGGUUCUGAUAAGCUUAGUGUUUACCAUGUUUUGUGGGAAGCUUUUUGGCAUUAUUAUGACAUCAAUGUGGCUCUACUCUUUCCCUGUUUGGAACUCAAUUUUUCACUGCCAAAAGAGGUUUCCAAUUUGUCCAAAAGAGAGACAAAAUGUUAAGAGCAGAAAUAGGGUGAUAGGGGUGUCAUUAUGAACUGCUAUAAUGGGCAUUAAUUUUUAACGUGACAAUACUCUUUUUCGUGCUUGGUGUUUCCUUCUUCAUUCUCUGUUUUGCCUCAGUUGGUUCCUGCAACACUGCCUUCUUAGGCUCAAAGGAAUGUGAAAUAAGCUAGCUAGACUUGUUGGUGUUGUUUAGCUUGUUAGCAUAGGGAAGGAUCAGAGGACAGAAGCAGAAGAAACAGUGGUUGCACAUUUAUUUACCUUGCUUUUCCUUUUCUUUGGCUUUAUUACAAGAAGAGGGUAGAAAAAGUAGUUGAUGAAAUUUGAUAGGAAGGGGUUUAGUGGUUGUAUUGAAAAUUUAAUUCGUUGUAAAGAUUUCAUAUCAGUGUAUUAAUGAUCUUUGAAGUAGAAAA